AAUUGCUGUUGUAAAAGCAAUUCCAUCCAUAGAAAAUCAAGAAAAAGAAAGAGACGAUACCAAACACUUGGCUGAGGAACGACUCUUUCCGGAGACCACCAUUUGCCUUUUUCACUUUUCAGAUGGGUGGCCAUUAGUGUGCCCACUGCCCAAGCAAUGGCUUCGCUUUGCCUCGGCCCGUUACCACCUCCACCACCUUCCCACCUUCGCAAACUCUCUGAACCUUCUUAUUCUUCUUCUUUGAAUAGCUGUAGUCAUAUCACAGGUGGAGCUUUAAAGCCCAUAGUCGUUAAUGGAAACCCGCCCACUUUUGUCUCUGCUCCUGGUCGCCGAAUUGUUGCUGUUGGGGAUCUUCAUGGGGACCUUGACCAAGCAAGAUGUGCACUUGAGAUGGCUGGUGUUUUGAGUUCUGAUGGUCAAGACAUAUGGAUGGGUGGAGAGACGGUAUUAAUUCAGCUCGGAGACAUACUUGAUCGUGGUGAAGAUGAACUAGGUAUUCUAUCAUUGUUGCGAUCAUUGGAUAUGCAGGCAAAAGCUAAAGGUGGAGCAGUUUUUCAGGUUAAUGGGAAUCAUGAGACUAUGAACGUUGAAGGGGAUUUCAGAUAUGUUGAUUAUGGGGCAUUUGAUGAGUGUAUUGAUUUCCUACAAUACUUGGAUGACUGUAGAAAUGACUGGAAUGAAGCUUUUGUUGGUUGGAUUGGUGUGUCUGAAAGGCGGAAAGAAGAGAGAAAAAUGUCCCAAAAUUAUUGGGGUCCUUUGAAUCUAGUGAAGAAGCAAAAGGGGGUGAUUGCCAGAUCUAUGCUCCUAAGACCAGGUGGUCCAUUGGCAUGUGAGUUGGCACAGCAUGCUGUGGUUCUUAAGGUCAAUGACUGGGUAUUCUGUCACGGUGGCCUUCUUCCUCACCAUGUUGCAUAUGGCAUAGAGAGGAUGAACAGGGAAGUAUCUCACUGGAUGAGAGGUCUCAGUGAGAGUGGUAAUAGUCCUCACAUCCCUUUCAUUGCUACCAGGGGUUAUGACAGUGUUGUAUGGAACCGCCUCUACUCAAGUGAUGUUUCAGAUUUGAAGGACUAUCAGAUUAAGCAGAUACAUUCUAUUCUUCAAGAGACACUGCAAGCAUUAGGUGCGAAGGCAAUGGUGGUGGGGCAUACUCCUCAAACUGGAGGGGUGAACUGUAAAUACAAUUGUAGCAUAUGGCGCAUUGAUGUGGGAAUGUCCAGUGGAGUUCUUAAUUCAAGACCAGAGGUUCUAGAAAUAAGAGAUGAGAAAGUAAGGGUUUUGAGGAGCAGAAAGGACACAUAUCGUGAAUUCCAAGCUGUUGAUUAUACAUAGAAUCAAUCCAAUGAACGUAAGAGGAAAAUAUAGUGGUCUUGACCCUAAUACAUUCUUUGCAUUUGACCCCCCAAAAAAAUGCAAUUUACAUAGAAGCAGAGUUGGUGGGGGUGACUUAGAGAGCACAAAAAGAAGCAAAGCGAGAGCAUAUUCAUUGGAAGACCUGGCUUGAUGUAAAUGAAAUUGUUUAUGAUGAUUAUUAAAUUAAAUUAAAUUAAUAAAAUUGUAAUCAGAUGUUGAGUUUAAACGAGAUUUAGAGAAGAUAUUGUAGUUAUAACAAUUUUGUUCAAUGUGUUGUGUAAAUUCUUUGAUAUAUAUAUAUUUUUU